AUUGCAGAUUGAUAGUAACAAAGCUAAAGGUUAAAUUUCAUUGUUAAAUUAUAUAAUAAACAGAAGCAGCAAAACUGCUUGGCAUUGGAAGUCCCAUCUAAACUCAUCAAUGGACAGAUAGCUACAAUUGCAUGGAGAAGACAAAAUAAAGCCAUUAUAGAAUGAUUGAAACUGCGAUUUUACAAAUAAACUAAUUUUGAGCAAUGUGAUGAAUAUUGCACUACUGUGAAUGUGUGUGUACUUCUCCAACUUCACAACAGAGACCAAAUUGUGUUUGAUCAUACUAUCAUUUGUUUUAUGUGAUAUACCCAUACAUAUAUCCAAUCAGAAAGUAGAUACAUUAGAGUCUCACUUAUCCAACAUAAACGGGCCGGCAGAACGUUGGAUACGCGAAUAUGUUGGAUAAUAAGGAGGGAUUAAGGAAAAACCUAUUAAACAUCAAAUUAGGUUAUGAUUUUACAAAUUAAGCACCAAAUCAGCAUGUUAUACAACAAAUUUGACAGAAAAAGUAGUUCAAUACACAGUAAUGAUAUGUAGUAAUUACUGUAUUUACGAAUUUAGCACCAAAAUAUCAUGAUAUAUUGAAAACAUUGACUACAAAAAUGCAUUGGAUAAUCCAGAAUGUUGGAUAAGCGAGUGUUGGAUAAGUGAGACUCUACUGCAUGUACAUAUCUGUGCUCCAACAACUUCCACUGUACUCAUUUAUUAAGAAGGCUUGACCUAAAUACAACUCCCUACAUUUGUUAAGAUUUCAACACUCUUACAAAGUGAUUGCACUUACUUAUCAGGAGAGGCAGCUGGCAGGCAUAAUUUUGUUAUCUCUUCUUGCAGCUGGCUAAAUUAUUAACACUUCCCUUUCUAAUUCUUAGACCUUCUGCUCUACAUGAGCUUUUGCAGACACACACAUUUCAACUGGUCUCUCUAAGCACAAUGACAGACAACCCUUUCACCUCUGUACUUUUCCAUCGGCUGUUUUAAGAGACAUCUGAGAAAAUCAUUCUAGAUCAGGCUUCAGUAAAGGAAUAAAUGAAAGUACAGAAGGAGGCUGAAGAUGUAUUUCCAUUAUGUCAUUUGCCUCUGGAUUCCUCUUUCUCUUGGUGACUCAAAAAUACAACAUGUUUGUCAAAAAAUCUGCUUUUGUAAAGAUGGGGCGAGGUUUGUGAACUGUUCAGGAGUCAAUGUAAGUUAUAAUGUCAUGUUCCCUUCUGAGGCUGAACACUUGGACCUGUCAAAUAGCAAUUUGCAUUCCGUUCCAUGGAAAGGUCUAAGGCACCUAUGGAAGCUACAGAUUCUUAUCUUGAGUGGGAACUACAUCUGUAACAUUGAAGACAGGGCAUUCGCCUCCCUGGAAAGGCUCCAUAAGCUUGAUAUUUGUAGGAAUGAGAUUUCAUUCCUUGGAAACAGUUUCUCAGUGGGGCUCGGGUCUCUCCACAAACUCAUUUUAGCCUAUAAUAGGCUGCAGGAGUUGCAGUACAAGAGCUUCCAGCACUUUGAAAAUCUUCAGAAACUCAACCUGCAAAAUAAUAAUAUAUCUUCAAUAGAAACAGGAGCUUUCCGCAGUCUCACUCGCCUGAGACACCUUUUUCUUCAGAACAAUCACCUCCAUGCCUUGCACAAUGGUGUUUUUUCUAUGCUGCAACACUUGGAAGUUUUGAAUUUGGAAGGUAAUGUUAUCAAAACCAUCGCUCCUAGUGUCUUUACUUCUUUAAGCAGCCUCACUGUACUUAACUUAGUCCACAAUAAAAUCGAACAUAUUCGAUUCAAAACAUUGUUAUCUCUGCAGACACCUGGGACUCAUAUCUUGCUGUCAAACAAUCCGUGGUUCUGCGACUGUGACCUUCAAAGAGUUUUUGCAAAACUGCACAGUGUCAGGAGGCUGAUCUUGGACGACUACCACAAUGUGACAUGCGAGGAGCCCCAUAUUCUGAGCAGCCUCCCUCUUUCCUCUGUGGAUGCACAGUUGUGUAUUGCUGAGACUGUCACAGUCCUUGUCAUAACUUUUACGGUUUUUGUUACUGUGGUAGCUGCCAUUGUCAUGGCUGAAAGAAACAGGAAGAAAAGGACAGGCAAACACUGGAGUGAAGACAGUGAGGUCUCCUAUGAUGCUCAUAAUUAACCUAAUUCUAGAUAUACCUCCAUUUUAUGUGUGGUUGAAGGCACUGUUUUUUCUGUUUACUAUAGUAAAGGUAAAGGUUUUCCCUGAUGUUAAGUCUAGUCGUGUCCAACUCUGGGGGUUGGUGCUCAUCUCCAUUUCUAAGCCGAAGAGCCGGCGUUGUCCAUAGACACCUCCAAGGUCAUGUGGCCGGCAUGACUGCAUGGAGCGCCGUUAUUGUUUAUUAUACCUUUUACUAAUUUCAUUCUAAUUUUGCAUCAGUUAGAAAAAAAUAAUUCCAAAGUUUACGCCAUUAUGACAAGAUAGAACGGACAAUGCUCAAAGAGUUUAUAGUUACAUGAGAAAAAGAAAUUUAACAGCCAUUACAGCAUUGUUAAAUCAGCUGCACACAUUCCAGGGAGAUAUAUUUUCAAUAUAUUCUCAAGAACAAUCUUGGAAAUCACUCAGGCCCAUCCAGAGAGGGCCCAAAAUGUCCGAGCUCUCAUACUUUUACCGGAGGCGUCCAAACAACACCUCCUGUUAAAGAGGAAUCAUUUGUGACAAAGUAGGAAAACCCUGCUUUGUCACGAAUUAUUUAGAUACUGCAUUAGGACUAGGUAUUCCUGGAAGACCCAAGUCUAAUGGAGUAUCGGCUCUGUGGGCCCAAAGAAGCAAAGAGGGAACCCACCCCCUCCCCAAAUCUCCCCCAUCCCCAAAGCUUUAAAAUAAAACAGAAACUUCCUGAAUCACCAUUAUGCCUCUCUGGAGGCUUCCUGGAACAUACCAAUGUUGUGCUAUGAGGUGGGGGGGGGGGCUAAAUCGCCCCCUCCCCCGCUUCCUGUUGUAACAUACGUGGCAGGAUGCCUCCAAAGAGGCACAAUUAGAAUAGCUUUAUUUGUCAUUGUUCUAUUGCAUGACAAAAUUACAUGCCUUCCCGUGCCACAAAACAAUACAUCACAAACCAGCACUCCCAUCACUCCACACACCAAUGUCAUAUCAGUGCAAAACAUAGGCACAGCUCUAGGAUAAAAACUAUCCUUCAGUCUGCUUGUCCUUGUCUUUGUCACCCUGUACCGUCUGUCUUAUGGCAAUAAUUCAAAAUAAAUAAAUAAAUUAGUAUGCCGGGUAAAAUGGAUCCCCAAGAAUGCUCUGAGCUUUUUUAAGGCUGAAAGACCUAUAAAGUUCUUCCAUAGAAAGGAGAGGGCAACCAAUGAUUCGCUGAGUAGAAAUGGUGACCCUUUGAAGUGCCUUCUUGUCUGCCACUGUGCAGCUACCAAACCAUGCGCAGAUACAGUAGAUUAGGACACUCUUUAUAGCACAGUGGUAGAAAGUCACCUGCAGUUUUUAUUCAGUUGUUGGUUCUUUAAAAGUCUCAGGUUGUACAGUCUCUGCUGGGCCUUCUUCACCAACGUUGCCAUAUGAACACCCCAGGUCAGAUCUUCCUUCAGAGUGACACCCAGGAACUUAAAACUGGCCACCUGCUCCACUUGGUCUGUGAUUUGUUCUUCACAUUUGCAUGUUGUGGACUCCACACUUUGUAGACCCAUUUCUUAAGGUUGGCUCUGCAUCUCGUGGUGCCAUAGCACAGUCUGUUCAGCGCCUUCUAAAUCACCCAGUCUUCUAUGUGCCCAGGAGGGAGUCUCUCAUUCAGUAUCAGCCAUGGGUUGUGGUUCCGGGUUUUAGCCUGCCACUUUUGGACUCUUGCUUGCUGAGGUGUUCCUGUGAUUUUCUCUGUAGAUCUUAGAAAACUAUUUCUUGAUUUAAGGUGUUGACGUUCUGGCUGAUACCCAAACAGAGGAUGGGCUGGAGAUGUCACUGCUUUGAUCCUUUCAUUGCUGGCUACUACUUCCUGACAGAUUUCAGGUGGUGCAAUACUGGCUAAACAGUAUAAUUUCUCUAGUGAUGUGGAACAUAGACAUCCUGUGAUAAUGCAGCAUGUCUCAUUAAGAGCCACAUCCACUGUUUUAAUGUGGUGAGAUGUGUUCCACACUGGGCAUGUAUAUUCAGCAGCAGAGUAGCAAAGCGCAAGGGCAGAUGUCUUCACUGUGUGUAGUUGUGAUCCCCAGGUUGUGCCAGUCAGCUUUCGUACAAUAUCAUUUCUAGUGCCCACUUUUUGCUUGAUAUUCAAGCAGUGCUUCUUGUAAGUCAGAGCACGGUCCAGGGUAACUCCCAAUGCUCCAAUGGGAUUCCUGCCCAGGUAAUCCUCAGAGCUCAAGAUGCUUGUCUGUUCUUAAGGUGAAAAGCACAUGUCUGUGUGUUUUAGAUCGAUUGGGAAUCAGUUGGUUUUCCCUGUAAUAGGCAGUAAGAGCACCUAAAGCUUCACAGAGUUUCUAUUCAACCCAUCCAGUCCAACCUACUGCCAAGAAGCAGGAAAAUCACUUGACUUUUUUUGCCUAAGAAAACCCCCCAAAAAUCAUGUUAUCGUUAAGUCAACAGGAGACACAAAGACAUGGACCAUGCAUACAGAUAUACACACACCUACAUUGAUUGUCAUAAGCAAAUGUCAUAAGCAUUUCACUUGCAACCAUAUCUCCAGGUAUUAAAUCAGGAGAGUAUAUGUGUGAAUUUCUGUAUAUUAUAAUAUUGUAACAAUUGCUAAAUUAAUAUUAUGGAAAUGUAGAUAUCUGAGAAGUUACAGAUAGAUUUGACUUUAUUUAACAAAAUCUUACAUUUGUUUUUGCCUGACAACUGUGCUUAUUAGUGUUUUUGCACCAACUUUUUAAUGUAUGCAAUGUAUUAUUUUGCUAUUGUUAUUGUGAUAGUCAGAUUCCAGUGCGCACACUGUGCUCCUGUGGUUUGCUGGAUGGACUCUUUCAGAGGACAGGAUGGACGUUUGGGACUCGGUCUGCUCAUCUUCCUCUGAAUCAAAAGCUCCUCUCCUGGACUGAAGAUCACCAACCAACCAGGAAAGGAACUCAAAACAUUCCUUAGUUUUCUAUCAGCCUCUGGUGGCCAUUUGGGAAAUUACAUCAAACAUACAAAGAUUGACGAGAAAUGGCAAGCCUGAUAUUUUGUAACAGAGAAACCUUCCCCACAAUUUGCUUUUGUAGCUCCUAACUGUUUCAAGUUUCUCUCUCUCUAUGAAAUAAACAGUAACUAUAUUGCA